UUGACCUAAUUCGUUGCGGCUCAUCGAUCAAGCAGAGAGAGAAGACAGCGCCGCCGUUGUCUGCAUUAAACGACGACCACCACCUCUGACCUAAUUCCUGUUCUGUCCGGAUACACCCUAGCGAGAGGCAAUUCUCGGCAUUUGUUUGGUCUUGUAAUCAGAGCGACGUCAUGGCAGGGGGGAAGAUGAAAAAAGACAAGGUUCGAAGCGGCGCUGGUGCUGGAAAUCAGCACUACCAGGGUGGAUUACAAUUCCACAAAUCCAAAGGUCAGCAUAUUCUGAAGAAUCCUCUCAUUGUCGAAAACAUAAUCCAGAAGGCCGGAAUCAAGACCACCGACGUCAUUCUCGAAAUAGGCCCAGGAACUGGAAAUCUUACCAAGAAGCUUCUGGAAUCUGGAAAAUCCGUGAUAGCAGUCGAACUCGACUCUCGGAUGGUGCUCGAGCUUCAGCGCCGUUUCCAAGGCACCCCUUUAGCCACUAAUCUCAAGGUUAUCCAAGGAGAUGUACUAAAAGUUGACCUUCCUUACUUUGACAUCUGUGUGGCCAACAUUCCUUAUCAAAUAUCUUCUCCCCUGACUUUCAAAUUGCUAAGUCAUAAGCAUUCCUUCAGAUGUGCAGUCAUUAUGUACCAGAAGGAGUUUGCAAUGAGACUCAUUGCACAGCCUGGAGACACACUCUACUGUCGGCUUUCUGUCAACACCCAACUCUUGUCUCGCGUUUCCCAUUUGUUGAAAGUGGGAAGGAACAACUUCCGCCCUCCACCCAAGGUUGAUUCUUCUGUGGUUAGAAUUGAGCCCAGGAAACAAAUAGCAGUAAGUUUCAAGGAAUGGGACGGCCUAGUUCGAAUUUGCUUCACGAGAAAGAACAAAACUUUGGGUUCGAUAUUCAGGCAGAAAUCUGUGCUUUCUGUAAUGGAGAAGAAUUACAAGACAUUCCAAGCGAUACAACAGUCCCAAAAUCAGAUGAAUGAAGAGAAUGAGACUUCGGGAAGUGGUAUGAAUGAAGAUAAUGAGAUGAUGGGAAUGGAGAUUGAUGAUGAUGAUGCUGAGGAGGAUGUUGAAGACAUGGAAGAAGAAGAAGAAGAUGGUGGUGACAGAAAAGAAGGGUCGGAGUUUAAGGAAAAAAUAUUGGGUAUAUUGAAGGAAGGAAACUUUGAAGAAAAGAGGUCUUCUAAACUUGCACAAGCUGAUUUCAUGCACUUAUUGUCUCUUUUCAAUAAGGCAGGAAUAAGGUUCUCUUGAUCCCAACUAGUGGAAGUUAUCUCUUUUGUUUGUUUGCUACCAACCCCUACUUAUUCAUUUUUGUUUAGCUGCUUCUUGUUAUACAUUGAGAAUGUAAAACUUUUGCUCUUUUUAUUUAUUUAUUUAUUUAUCAUUAGUAUUACUAUAUAAUUUUAACC